CUCUUUGGUAGUUGAGUGAAAAGAAAAACCUCAUUAGACAAUGUCUGUUGUUUUUACUAUCUCACCAGUCAUGUCUGUAAGUACCAAACUUUGAGCUAACCUGUCUUUACCUACAGCUCAGUCUCUGCUGGUGUCUAGCCCUCCUCACAUUGUGCUCCUCAAGAUUUGCAUGACAGGCCAUUGGAAUGAUUAGGACAGUAUUGCAGGUGGAGGUUCAUUUGCCUGCAAUUCAUGGAAAGACGAGAAGCCAAGCAGGCAAACCAUCACUGCUGUCUGUCCGUGGCUACAGAGAUUUAGGUUUUCAGUUUUGCCUGCAUCCCAGAUCUCCCCCAGGGAACCAUGAUGCGUGUAAAGGAAAUUUUAAAUUUGGCCCGAGUGCCAUCCAUCCUGAUGCUCGGGGUCGUUUAUGUCUUCUACGUACUGAUCGGUGGGGUGGUUUUCUGGAAGUUAGAAGGAGAUCUCGGAAGGAAGGACCUGAGUGUACUACUCACGAACAAGAAACAGCUGCUCGCCAAAUAUACCUGUCUGAACCAACAAGGCCUGGAGGAUGUGGCUGGGGUGGUCAAUGCAGCAUCUAAAGCGGGCCUAAGUUUGAAAGGCAACUACACCACAGACGGCUUCUGGAAAUUCACAAGCUCAGCUCUGUUUGCUGCAACUGUGGUCACAACUAUAGGUUAUGGGAACAUAAGUCCCAGCACCACAGCUGGACAGAUCUUCUGUGUUUUCUUUGCGGUGUUUGGCAUUCCACUCAACAUAGUGGUGCUCAACAGGGUGGGCAAAUACAUGCUCGCUAUAGAGAGGAACAUCUCUGACUUCCUGCAGGGGAAAACUGGGAGAAGGAUGUGUACCCGCUUCUUUGUCCAUCUGGUGUCCUACCUGUCUGGAAUAGUUCUCUUCUUUAUUGUCCCCAUGAUUGUGUUCCAACAACAGGAGGGAUGGACCCACGCUCAGGCCAUCUACUUCUGCUUCAUCACCCUCAGCACUAUUGGCUUUGGAGAUUUUGUGGCAGAUAGUAAUCCAGACAAAAACUACCCAGAGUGGUACAGUAUCCUCAUGGCCACAUGGAUCUUCUUUGGCCUGGCCUGGUUGGCCCUGGUUAUCAACCACUCCAUUGACAUCCUAGAGAGGCUCAACACCCACUACAAACAGCGGGCGAACCGCAUGCGGGAGGAGGCGUCUGGUAAUCCAGAGGGUGACACACCUGAAACACAGGUGGAGGAGGAGGAUGAGAUCAAGAGGUCUCCGGUAGCUAAGUAAAACACAAAAAAUAGCCUGUGAUUUCAGUGAGAUAGUUUAGAGUUAUCUGUUUAUGGGUCAGGACCUGAUGAAUGAGAAUGGAAUAUGCUGUACUUAAGAUGUGGCAGAAUAACAGUGUGUAACCCUUACAUGCUGUUUAGUCUGUUAGCACUCUGUUUCCUAAACUGUAAUCAACUGAAUCUUAGUUUCCAUGCUUGGUCAUCUACCUGGUUAAAAAAAAAGAGGCCAUGGGGAUUAAAGAGUAGAGAAGGAUACUGGUAUAAUGGUUUGGCCUAUGUGUUUGUAGUCAGUGGAAAAAUACAGUCAGUGUGAGUGUUGCUCCUUGGCCUCUUAGUGUCCACUGUGUGUGUGUCACCCCACUGACCACAAACCAAGUCAUUUGCUAACUCAGGGGCAUAUUGCACAAUCGCAGCCGAGCCACAAAAUGAGUUAUGCACCAGAUCUAUUUAAAUUACUGUUGAUUUUUUUUUUUUUUUUACCAUCAAAAUCACAGUAAAUUAAAAAGAUCAUGUAAAUAAUAUUAUUUAUUUUGCUAAUAUAUGCUCCAAAAAUAUGUUAACCUCAAGUAGAAAUUUGUUGAUAGUGUAAAUUUUAAAAUAUUUGAAUGAUUCUUUAUCGAUAUAAAGACAAAAUUUGUCUUAUUUAUAACUAAGUACAACAGUAGAGUACAUACUGAUGCACCUUAAGUCUAGGAUGAUAAUGUCUAAACAGACCUGGUUGUAUAUGUUUUUACACAUAUUUCUUUUAUGUCCCACUGUGAACAUUUGACAAGUGAUCUAUGCUGAAAUUCCAUUUGUGUCCACUAGAUGGCGGCACUGUAAUAACACUAAAGAUACUGAACCCAUGCUGUACCUACUGUUUUAACAAUAAUAAAGUAAUACAAACUACCUACCUAUACUA